AUGCGACCCCUUUUUUGGUGCUUACCAUUCCUCCUUGAAGUUAUCUCCCUCACGUCAGCCUCAUGUGUUGAGGGUGAGGGUUGGUUUUGCUACGACGAUGUAGCCUGGUACUAUCAUUUAGGGACCUGUAACUACACCUACGUUCGAGACAACACCACUACUGUGCUGUCACAGGAAGCAAUCCAGUUCUCGCCUUUCAAACCCUACUUCUGGUUUCCGUUCUACGCUCACAACCCGCAAAAUUGCUGGAAUUGGGCAGGAUGCGUGUAUCAGAGGGCUCAAGAAGUGCGCAAACAGCAAUUCGAGGCGACGGGAUUGGUCAUGGGUCUCAUUCCACUGACGCUGAAAGACAUUGCGUGGCCAAAUCGUCGCAUCGUGUUCUUGAGAAAGAGGCUAGAUGUGCCUCGCGAAAUCCUCGUGCGAGCACUGGGACUGGAGCCGAUCGACGUCGGAGAGCCACGAAAAGUCGAUGUCAUGCCAUGGUGGAAGAGCUUCUUCAUCUUCAAAUGGGCCCAAAAAUAUCCUCGAGGCAUAGUAGUGGUCUGCCUGCUCGCUAUGCUUGUGAGUCUUGUCUUCACUGCGCUGACGGAGAUCUACUCGAAACGAUCCGCUCUCGGGUGCCCAUACCCGGUAUUUGUGGUUACAUUCUACUUCGUCGCUCUUCUUCCGUCAACUUUCCACGUCCUUUGCGCAAGAUACAGACUCGCCCAUCCCAAAAAGGAUCGAAAAGAUCUUAGACUCACAGAUCAGAACAGUCCCGUUUCGAGCAUGCUCUCAGCUGUCCAAGGGCAAGAUGAAUGGUGGAUUGUUCAGCUAUUUUGGGCCAUCUACUACGUGGCUGGGACUUUGGUAUACACUUCCAUCAUGGCUGUCACUGUGCCAGAACUGGUGGUCUGGGUGUGUGUCAGCGUGGUACUGACGGCUGCUUGCAAGUUUACGGCCCUGACUAUUUGCUUGUUAUUCGAGAAUGGAACCGGCAUCUCGUCUCAAGGUAUUCAUGCAGCAUGAACAAGACUGAGUCAUCGGCCCCUGAACAACGAUUAUGCACAAGUUUCGUCGAUACCGAGCAUGGACCAUGAAACCUCACU